UCCUUGACAUUACAGUCCGGAUGUUGAGUCAUAACACAGAAGUCAGAGUAGCUUGCCACUGCUGACAACGAGUGGUAAAUUUAACACACUGACCAGACGUUGUAGAAAUAACAAUGGCCACAUCGAGUGAUCGCGAUACCCUGAUCCAGUUGGAAGAAGAUGAGGAGGAGGACUUUGAGCUGACACAGCGUCGUAUAGAGGCUGAGAGAGCUGCUAGGGAGGAAGAAGCGUUCAAAAGGAACACCCUCCAUCUUGACAUCCCCAAACUUCCAGACGGAAAAACACACCAUCUUUUCAUUUCCCACAGCAACGACCCUCCAGAAGAAGAAGCAUGGGCAGAGGAACUGGUCAACACCAUGGAACGAGACUUCGGCUUGAAAUGUCUUUGGCCAAAACGAGACUUCACUCCUGGCCAUGAUGUGGGAUCUUUGAUUCAGACAGGAAUCAUGUCGUCCAUGAAGGUCGUCUUUGUUCUGUCCCCUGCUUCCAUGGAAAGCCGAUGGUGCCUAUAUGAGCGGAAUUUUGCUUUUGGCAUUUCUGUUGAAAGUAAGGAAAAUCUCAUCAUUCCUGUUAUGUUGAGCCAGUGCGACUUCCCAGGCAUACUGAAGACAAUGAAUUAUAUUGAUGUACCUGCUGGAGAGGACUAUGCCUUCAAAAUCCGUCGAUGCUUUGACGAAGACACACGCACUUUUGACUAUCUUGUUCCGGAAAUGAUGAAACACUGGGAAAACGAUAAAGGGCCUAAAAAUGGAACCGUUGUCAGGAUACUUGGAGAGAAAAAUUUGAAAUCCAUCUGCGGGGCACCUGCUUGGUCUUUUCGAGAUCUCGAGCAGCACCAACGCUACCAGCUUCGCCAACUUGGAAGCAAGUUUGCUGAGAGAGUUUAUUACGGUGCAAAGGAUAUUGCCAACAGCUCUGUCUGCAUGAAGUACUAUUCCAUCAUCCACUCUCGUUGUCAUUGUUGUGGAGUUUGCUGUUGCAGCUCAACAUUCUUAUUUUUGUUGAUGAUGUUACUUCUCUUCAUCAUACAAGCAUUAGAGAUGAGAAUAGUAGACGAUAACUAUUUUCUUGUCCCGUUCUACAUCAUGAUUCCCCUCGGUGUUGGUUUGGUCUAUGCUGUACAUGUGAUGUUGGAAAAGAGAUUGAGGGCUCGACUGCAAGCGUAUUCCAUGGAGCAUGUUUUUGAAACAAAUAUCCUCAUCAACUACAAAUCAAGGACACGGCAGCCAAACUUGGAUGUCAUGUAUUACGACUUACAGCCAUGUAUGAACUACUUAAGUGACAUCAUUUACGGACCACGUGAGGCUGGUGAAACAUUACCAGGCAGAGACAGAGAGGGAGGGACACGAAAGGCUGGAAAACGUUACAUAAUCUCCUUCAUGGAAAGAAAUUAUGACUUUCUGUUUAGCGACAGUUUUGAAACAACUGUGAUGGACAGGCAUCCCACAGUAUAUAGACGUAAAUGCAUUUGCGAAAUGCUCGAGAAACAGGUGCGGCAAAGAUGUGAAGAACAAAUAUGACCCCCGUUGAUGUAUAGAUUCGCAAUUCCGUUGAAGAAAAACGCACACUGCUUGCAAUGAUAGCCAAUUGAAGAGAAACCCGUGACAAGAUGACUGCAUGUUAGUGUGCACUGAUGUCGAGGAUCGUCGCCAAUGGUUGUCUCACUUGUAUGACGUCAUUUACAGGUAGUUUAAUUGAAAUUGGUCACCUACAGCGUAACAACAUUCAAAAUACUAAGAUUAAAUAAUUUGGACAGUAGGAUUAAUCCAUAAGCUAUAUAUAUACCUUUCUCAGAAAUAUUUCUAUUCUUCAGACCGAAGCACACCUUUUUCUGGUUUUUUUGUGUAAAGUAUCACACCAGGUAUUACGAUUCCAACUACAUUUCGACUAAAUAUACUGUCACUGGAUGUAUCAAGGAAGUUUCAUGUCCGUUGUAAAACAUAAUUGUAGUGUGAAUCUUUUACUAGUUUUGUAAGCAACGUUAGAUAUGAGUCUUUUGAUAGUUUUGUAAGCAACGUUAGAUAUGAGUCUUUUAGUUUUGUAAGCAACGUUAGAUAUGAGUCUUUUGAUAGUUUUGUAAGCAACGUUGGAUACGAGUCUUUUAAUAGUUUUGCAUGCAACGUUAAAAAUAUCCAUGUUUAUUGUUUAAUAUACCAACGACUUCAGCCUCACCGGCGUUACGUUCUAUGGUCUGCCAGAAGCCUGUUACCCCUAGCAUGAAUUGGCAAAAACAUAUUCUACCCACAACUCCUCACAGGGACAAAGUAAUAAUUUCUGUAUUGUUUAGUUGUAGAGCGCAUAUAUUCAGGUAUCUGUAUUCAAAUGACUUUUACCUAAAUUGUUCAUGUGCUUCUGAAAUAAAUAAUUAAUCUCAGA